AUGAGUCCUGCUGGUGUGGAGUUGGAGGUCAUCGUUAUGGAUUGGUUGGCUAAAAUGUUAGGGCUUCCAGAGCAUUUUCUCUACUCCAGCAAGGGUGACAUCAAAUAUGGUGGAGGAUGCUUACAGUCACUUUUUUCCUUUGAAAAGGCGUGUUUGAUUGCCUGUAUACGACAGAGAAAGAUAGAUAUAAACGAAGAUGGAUCAAUCAGUGUCGCAAGCCUGUAUGAGAGACUUGAAAAGGAUAAAGAUGAAGGCCUGAUACCAAUAUUUGUAUUGGCUACGCUCGGCACGACCUCUUUAUGCGCCUUUGGUGACUUGCAUGAGCUGGGACAAGUUUUCAUGUUUGCAUCUGAUGAAGUCAUGUUUGUAUAUUAUGAAGUCAUGUUUGUAUCUGAUGAAGUCAUGUUUGUAUCGUAUGAAGUCAUGUUCCUAUCUGAUGAAGUCAUAUGUAAUUCGUGGGCAAACGACGAAUUUUCACCAAAACGUUACGUGGAAGUGAACGCCAAGUAUAAGCAGCGUUUCUGUGACACGAGCAGAACGGCAAUAAGCACAAGCGAAGGUAUAUGGCUUCAUGUCAAUGCAGCACUUGCUGGUUCAAUGUUUAUAUGUCCAGAAAAAAGAAGUCAUUUAAAUGGAAUUGAGGUGAAUUCUGCACAGAUUGACAUCAGCUUUGCCUUAUUCUUUGAAGAAUUGCUGACCAAGGAUUCAAGAUUUGAAAUCUUAAAUGAUGUGUGUACAAGCAUUGUCUGCUUCCGCCUAAAGGUCGACCAUAGAUUCGGUUACAACAUAGAACUCGUAGACACUCCAGGUUUAUUCGAUUCGAGCAACGACGACACGUUUGUACACGAGGAACUGACGGAACGUAUUGCAAUGACUAAUCCUGGGUUUAACGCAAUCAUUCUGGUUGUGCAACCGUCAAGAUUUUCUGGGGAAAUCGUUCGAACAUACCUCGCCUACUUGAAGGAAAUUACAGCCAACCAUUACUACAUCUCGUGUUAA